UUGUAUGAUUUUGUUACCACCAAUAAAGAUAAUGCCAAGAGAAUACCAGUUUGGGUUGAAAACCACGUCAAGCAAUAUGCUCUUAGGUGGGAAGUUAAGAAAAGUUAUAGUAAAACUCGAGAUGAUUUAUAUGUUCAUCAGAUAUGUUGA